AUGACGGCCGAGGUCUGCUUGGCCCACUGCAGCAUGCAUCAAUACUACGGAACUCAAUAUUCGAUAGAGAACGAGUCCUCUGACGCCAUGACCGCAGAGUACUCUACGGAGACCUGA